UGAAGUGUCAUCUUUCUAUCAAUGCGCAGAUUUUUAGUUACAUAAUGAGCGUGUGUUGAUAAAAAGAAAUUCGCGAUGAUGGUCGGGAUAACACCGUAUACUUGCAGAAAUGCGCUUCGUCAAAUCAGAAGUUUGCAUACUGCAGCAGUUCAAAAUGCUGAAGCCAGAUUAAAAACUUUCUCGAUUUAUCGUUGGAAUCCGGAUAAGCCUGAUGAGAAACCAUACAUGCAGAAAUAUAAAGUUGAUUUGAAUACUUGUGGGCCAAUGGUGUUGGAUGCAUUGAUUAAAAUUAAAAAUGAAGUGGAUCCAACUUUGACAUUCCGUCGUUCUUGUCGUGAAGGUAUCUGUGGAUCUUGUGCUAUGAAUAUUCAAGGAACAAACACACUGGCAUGUAUUAGCAAAAUUGAUAAAAAUACAAGCUCAUCGUGUGACAUUUAUCCUUUACCACAUAUGUAUAUUGUCAAGGAUUUAGUGCCAGACCUAAAUAAUUUCUACGAACAGUAUCGUAGCAUACAGCCUUGGCUACAGCAUAAAGGUAUAAAGAAAGUUGGUAACCAACAGUAUUUGCAGAGUGUAGAAGACCGAAAAAAAUUGGAUGGUCUCUAUGAAUGUAUUCUUUGUGCUUGCUGCAGUACUUCUUGUCCAUCAUAUUGGUGGAAUGGUGAUAAAUAUUUAGGCCCUGCAGUACUUAUGCAAGCUUACAGAUGGAUUAUUGACUCGCGAGAUACUCAAACGAAUGAGCGUCUGGAGAAACUGAAAGAUCCAUUUUCAGUUUAUCGCUGUCAUACAAUUAUGAAUUGCACACGUACUUGUCCAAAGGGUUUAAAUCCUGGAAAGGCAAUAGCGGAAAUAAAGAAAUUAUUAGCUAAUAUUAGUCAAAAACCACAAGCGGAACUUCCAGCAUCUCCAUAGCUAAGGGAAAUCAGGUUUCUUACUAUGUGGAACUCUAUAUGGAAACUAUGCGGUGCAGUAAUUAAUAAUUAUUAGCACGAACCCUCAAAAGUUACUCGGACUGUGCUUUAUUAGCCCGAUAUCUUCACGGUUCGGCAGCCAUUCGAAUCCUAGCAGUCUCACGUGAUCGAUUGUGCACCUCAGCUGUGCGCAAUGUUAUACCAAAUAUGUCUUCAUGAUAACGAUUCUCAUCCUGAAAGAAAGAAUUAUUCCAUACAAGUGAGACAAUUUAUAUUCCUGUGGCUAUUAUUUGUUCAUAUUAUAUGCUGUAUAAAUAGUAAAUAAGCAAUAAGAAAAGAAUAAUAAUGGGCAGAAAAUUUAUACCCUGAGUGAUAACAUAUACGCUUCGACUUCCUUGUCGGUCAAUUGGCCAUUCGUUUGUAUAAUGUGUUUCAAGGUUUGAUAAACAUCCUCUGCCAUUGUGCAAUCUCCGCAAACGUAGAAAUGUCCGUGCUCAUGUACUACCAUUGUGUAAAUCUCAGAUGCUUUCGUUAGGAUCAAAUCUUGCACAUAAGUCUAGGUAAAAUUCAUAUAAACUUAGAUUUAUAUUAUAACAUUAUAGAUCGUAUUUGUUAUUUUACAAAUUUGUUUUUACUUAUCAUAUUUAUUAAUAUAAAAUGAUGAACAAAAGGAUUACUUACAUUAUGCUGAAAUAAAUCUAGAGUUCAAGGAACAUGAUAGAGAUCAAGUUUAAUUCAAGUAAUUACAAAUCUGAAUCGAAUAUUGAGAUUUAAAUGUUUGUAAAAUCUAUGUUAUUUGCUGUGAUUGCAAAAUUAUGUAUGAACUGCAUAUUUAUAGCUUUCAAAAAUUUUAUUUGAAAGGAAGAAUUAUGUUUUUAUGCAUAAAAGAAUCAAACUUCUUAGAAGUGUCCUUUGCAAACUUUUUCUUUCUAGUUAUUUUCUUAGAUAAUAAAGAACACACAUGUGUA